AUGAGUGGGGAUAGGUGGGAGGUUGGAAGGGAGAGAGGAGGAGAGGAGGGAAGGAUGUGGAGAGGAGGGGGGGGAAUGGGAGAAGAAGGAGAUGAGGGGGAUGAGGGAGAUGAGGGAGAUGAGGGAGAUGAGGGAGAUGAGGGAGAUGAGGGAGAUGAGGGAGAUGAGGGAGAUGAGGGAGAUGAGGGAGAUGAGGGAGAUGAGGGAGAUGAGGGGAGGGGUGAUGAUGAUUUCCGGAUUUAG